CAGAUCUCUUUUUUCUUACAGAAACCAAAAGAGCGCUUCCCUUACUCUUCUCUUAUACAGAAGUCUCCCUCUCCAGAUUUUCUGUCUGGCCGAUCCGACUCACUAUUCCAAAGUCUCCAAUUCGCUUUCUUCGCAACUCAGUUAUUGAACUUCCGUUGCUCUCCAAACGCAAGCGUUUCUUUCAAGGCUAGGGUUUCCACCUCGAAGCGCAAGUUGGGUUUUAUUUAUUGGAUUCUUGAGGUUCGAUGUUUUGAAGUUCUCCGAGCGGCGAUUUCUGUAAAUUAAGCGUAAAUGGAGCCCUUUUUCUGGGUUACGGAGUUUUGGGAGGGUUUCGUAGGUUGUCUGGUGGAUGGGGAGUAAUUAGGGUUUCGUUGUUUCUAUUAAAUUGUAGGUAUAUUUAAACUUAAUUUGUUCAUUUCCGUAGCUGGCAGUGGAAAAUUAAGGGUUUUGCGGGGGCCAAUUUGGAGAAGUGGACGUCUUUUGAAAUCUAGGGUUUCUUUUGUGAGCUCUGUGAGUUAGUUGAAUUUGUACUGAAAAUUUAAAGUUGUUUAUUUUAGGAAACUUUCUGAAGUAGCUUAAAUCAUAGGGUUUCCUUGCUCUGAGAAGUGAGGAAGUUGUGGUAUGAAAAAAUAGGGAUUGUAUUGGCAGAGAAAUGUUUUAUUCACAGUUUAUAUUGGCGAAGAAAGGUCCAUUGGGGACAAUAUGGAUAGCAGCUCAUCUAGAGAGGAAGCUUCGAAAGAAUCAGGUGGCGGAUACUGAUAUUGGCGUCUCUGUUGACUCUAUUCUGUUUCCUGAAGUACCAAUUGCACUACGGUUGUCCAGUCAUCUUCUUCUUGGUGUGGUGAGGAUAUAUUCUAGAAAGGUGAAUUACCUUUUUGAUGAUUGCAGUGAAGCCUUGCUCAAGAUAAAGCAGGCUUUUCGCUCCACUGCAGUAGAUUUACCACCAGAAGAAUCUACUGCACCCUAUCAUUCCAUCACUUUGCCAGAGACUUUUGAUCUUGAUGACUUUGAGCUGCCUGAUAAUGAGAUUUUUCAGGGUAACUAUGUUGAUCAUCAUGUUAGUUCAAGAGAGCAGAUUACGCUUCAGGAUACCAUGGAUGGCGUGGUUUACUCCACAUCACAAUUUGGAUUGGAUGAGCGGUUUGGUGAUGGUGACACUUCUCAGAUUGGUCUGCUUGAUGAGGAGCUAUUCCUAGAUAGGGUUGCAGCAUCAGGACAUGGUGGAGUUUCAGUGGCUGACCUACAAGGGUCAGAUGAACAACAAAAACAAGACCCAAGUAAUUCAGAGGUUAUGCCAAUGGAUUGCAGUGGGGAUCAGGUUGAAGGUCUAGCUGCAAAUUCUGAAUUUGUCGAGUACGAUCAGGAUUCAGCUACUCCUGGAGUAGUGGAAGUGCCUAACUUGUCUGUUGUUCAUGAGUCAUUGGCUGGUGAUGACCAUGUGGAACCAGAACAUCAUAAUCUUACAGAAUUAGCCAAUUUUGAAUGUGUAGAAAAUGUGUCUUCUGGUAAAGCAAAUCAUCUCCAUGGGCAUAACAAUGUAGUGGAUCUUUCUUUACAAAAUGAUAAAAAUCAUGAUGCUAUAGUUAUUGUGCCUCCUGAGAAUGGCAGCCAUAUACGUGACCUGGAGAAAGAACAAAGUAAACCACAAGGAAAUUCUGUCCAUGAUGUUGUGUCUGUGGAGUACAAAUCUGCUGAUGGGACUAGAGGAGGACCUGAUGGUUUGGAUAGGGUCGAAGAUAUGCAUAAUGGUGCUAUGCACUCAAUGGAUAGAGCUGACGGGGAAUGUGCAGAAUCUCCUAGCUGCUCCAACGUCACCUUUGAUUUGGAGGACCCUGCUCGAAGAACAUGUUCAAGUAGCACCUGUGUGCCCACCUCAGAUGCCUAUAUGGAGAAUGAUCAAGCAUCACAUAAAUCUGAAUUCCGCAAUGAUGUGGAAACCACUGAUAAUUUGGACGAGUCAUUCUCACCUGCCAAAACUUCAAAUCCUUCCUGUCCGUUGGAAUCACCCAGUAGACCAACAGUUAUUGAUGGUGAAGCUCAAGCUUGUCAGGAACCAAAUGAUUCUGAAAAUAUGAAAAAACCUGUUAUUCAUGAAGAGGUCUCAUCUGUUCAAGUUCUUGGAAGUGAUAAUUUGGCUGCUGUAGAUCAAAACUCAGUGGAUUUGUCCAGAAGGGAGGAAGAAGUUCGUGCUUUUGGAGCUUCCAUUGAGGUGGAAGGUGAAGCCUGCCAAACUCAGAUGUCAGAACCUGCUUUAUGUGAUGAUCAGCUGGAAAAUUUAAACAAUUGUGCUAUGUCUGACUUGCCUGCACCUGAAAUGUUACUCUCUGCACUAGAAGGACAUAUUGAUAAACCUAGUGAUUUGCUGGGUGAGUCUACCCCAGACAAAGAGGUCUUUGCAGGGGAUGAUGAAACUGGUGCUGGAAUGAAACUCAUUUCAGGAAAAAAGCGAAGUAUAACAGAAAGUACAUUAACUGUAGAGAGUUUAAACUCAGUUGAAUCAUUCGGGAGGCCUCGAUCCAGGAGAACUGCAGAAUCAGUUCCUGAUGAUGAUGACUUGUUGUCUUCAAUUUUAGUUGGAAGAAGAUCUUCAGUUUUCAAAAUGAAACCCACUCCUCCUCCUGAAAUAGCAUCCAUGAAACGUGCACGAUCUGCACCAAGACCCAGUGCCUCCAAGAGAAAAGUGCUUAUGGAUGAUACUAUGGUCUUACAUGGCGAUACAAUACGCCUGCAGUUGGUUAAUACUGAAGACAUACGUCGUAUACGCAAGAAAGCACCUUGCACUCGGCCUGAAAUUUCGUUGAUUCAGAGACAAUUCUUGGAAGAUGAAAUCUUCACUGAACCUAUAUUUACUGGUUUGGCGAGUGACUUGUCAUGUUUGCACAGUGAAGCAUAUGAUCUGAGGGGAAUCAGGAUUUCUGAAGGUAAUGAAGUCCAUGCAUCAUCUGAAGUAGCAAAGGAUCCUGAGUUUUCUGUAAGACCUAAUGUUGAUGGAGGUGGAAUUGAAGGAAGCUCUGUGCCUGUGAUUUGUGGAAAUGAUGAGCAAGCACAAUGUGCUGGCACUUCUAUGCAGACUGAUACUCAGCAGGCUGAGUACAACGAUUUGAAUGCUCAGCAGGAUAAAAAUGCUGUUGAUGAUGUGCCUCAAGUUUUGCGACAUGAACCUUUAGAUGGGGUUGUGGAAAUGGAAAUCGGCAGAGGGAAUGUUGAAGUUGCUAAUGCAACUCUGAACGAGUUUGAGGUAUCAUCCCCUACUAAUCUGGCUACUGAAGAUACUAGUAACAUGACAGCUGGGAAGAUAAGCCACACUGUAGAUGGUUCCAUGUUAAAUGAUGCAUCAUGCCUUCCACCUGAUCAAAAAAUGAGUACUCAGCCUGGGGAGGAUGCUGAAUUGGAUAUGAGAAAUGACAAAGGAACUAAUCCUACUGAAGUUUUGGAAAAUGUUGUUGAAAGUGCUGUUCCAUCUGAAACAGAAUCAAAAGCAACUAAUGAGUUUUCGUUAGAAGAAAGUAAAGCCGGUACAUCAGUUGAAGUCAGUAUAGACAUUCAGGCAGACGGCUUUGCACCUAUUGAAAACGGAAUGAAUUCUCUUGCAACUGUGCAAACUGUUGAGGGUCUGAAUGGUGCUCAAAAUGCAGAUGAAAUUGGAUAUGGCAAGGUUGGUGUAGUGGAUGAGGCUCGUGUUGAGGAUGCACUCUUGGAUCAUGAUGACAAGGACCCAAUCUGUAAGGGUAGUGAAGAACGUAAAAUGGAUUCUAUAUAUUCAGAAAAAGUUGAUGUGGUUCUAAAAAAUGCUUCAUUAAAUGAUGGAGAAACUCCAAACUUUCAGGAAGUUAAUGCAGUCAAUGCAGAAAUGACCUCUCUUGUGGAUAAUCAAGCUGAAUUUGAGCAUGUCGCAAUUGCAAAUGAUACAGAAUUCCUGAACGUAGAUGAUGAUGAGCUAGUUGAGGAUGAUGAUGAUGGCAUGCCAUGUGGUGAUGAAAGUCGUCUUCUUGAAAAUAGUGGAUGGUCUUCUCGUACCAGGGCUGUUGCCAAGUAUCUCCAGAACUUAUUUGAGGAUGAAGCUAUACAUGGUCGUAAGGUACUUUCUAUGGACAGUCUAUUGGAUCGUAAAACACGUAAAGAAGCAUCAAGGAUGUUUUUUGAAACACUGGUUCUUAAGACGAGAGAUUACAUCCACGUAGAACAGGUGAAACCCUUUGACAACAUCUGUAUAAAGCCUCGAGCGAAGCUCAUGAAAUCUGAUUUCUGAUCCCUUGCAUAGGAAAAGCAGAUACAGUGAAAAGUUCCUUGUAGCUCUAGUUCUGAUGCUUAGCCCACAUCGGUAAUUAUUUUGUUUAAAAAUGGCCUUUUUUUUUUCUUUUUGAGUUUUAAAAAAAAUUAGUUCUUGUUUAGCUCAUGUAAUUGGUAGAUUAACAGUGGGGUGGGAUGGCACAUGUCAUGAUGUUGAUUGUAGCGAUGACUUAAGGUGGAUAAUAAUUGUGUAUAUAUCUGUAAAAUAUCUCAAUUUGCAAUUGAAGAUGCUAAUUUAUUUGUUUUUGACUGCUAUUCCUUGAGAUUCAUUUACCCUGUUAAAUAAAGUUAUUCUUACUCA